GCAUUGAACAAAACUCAAACUCACUAUAUCUAACACCAAUAAUGAAUAGACCAGAAACUCUCUCUUAUAAAAGGAAAACACCAAACUAUGAAUAUGGAAAUAAAAAUAAAGAAAUCAAUAGUUUAGAAACAAAACCA